UUUCUUGGCUUUUUCGCGCUCACAGCAACUGCGAUCUUGACGCAUCCCUCCCUUUCGCCGCGAAUCUUGCUUACAAGACUGGCUCUAUCUGUCUCGAUGGGCCAAACAGGACCUUACUUCUGCGGGUACAGGACCCCUAAUUCCGAUAUUGUCUCCUUCUCCAUUAACCCCGUUUCUUCUCCGCUUGGCAACUCCAUUCUUGUUUGGUCCUGCAUCCGGUUGGCGAAGCUUCCGCAAUGAUUACGUUACCACUGCAAUAGACUGGCUUUAUCCAGAUCACAGGGAAUCCGCAGGCAUUCGUUAUCGCCCGCAGUCCGAUUGCCUCCCGUCCAUUGUGUAAUUGUGUUGGUGUAAGCAGGCCCCCGCCGUCACAUCUCCGACGACACAGAGGGCCUCGUUUAACUCAUUAUCGCCGAUAGCCUUCAGGAACAUGUCAUGCCAUUUCCACCCCGGUCUGUACGUAUGCCAUGCUACCUUACCUCAACUUAAGGCACUUCAACGCGGUGCGAACCACAAACCCGGACACCUGGACCAUGUGCCCCACACAGCAGUUCACAGCGACCGGCUUGCCAGGCCCGUCUGCAAAGAAUCCUCCCAAUGGGAACCAAUCGAUUCGGGCGGAUUCAAGCUACCGUCCCGAAAAAUCUCGCGAUAAUUCACGUCCGCGCUGCCGCUCGCAUGAUUUCCAUUCAGCCCAUUCUAACCCCGGUUUCCAUCUAUCUUUUACCCGAAUCAUUAUCUCAUCAUUCGACUGUAACCUCCGCUUGCCGUCACAGCACCACACUACAUUCCUAAGCUCCCUUGCGCAUGUACCUACACUGACUAACCCAACCAACCAACAAGACCGAAGAAAAAAACUUGGAUCGACAUCGCGUCCAAACAGCUCACAUUCAUGAUAUGCUCACAUGUUACCCCGACCACUCACCACACUCGCCUGUCAUGAUCUGGUUACCCCGUUACUGACUACUGCCCGAUCUUGUUCUGUCUCCGCACAUCACCUCCGCCUGCGCCGCUGCGAUGGAGUGACUCGCGGCUCCAGCUUCGGCCGAGAAUUUGGAGUUUAUGGACUGCCGGGCGGGAGGAGCUGGCACUUGUCCGUCUUUGCCAGGGGCAAGAAGACAAAGUCCAAAGUGAAGCUGGAUGAUCUACCCCAGGGCGUUUUGCCGCUGGAUCCCCGCCCCGUGCAAGAUGAGGGCCCGACCUAUCCAACCGUGGUGCUGCAAGCGCGCCGCAACAUGCAAAAAUUCGACAACUGCGUGCUCUUGACGCGUGUCGGCGGUUUCUAUGAGCUGUACUUUGAGCACGCCGAGGAGUUCGGCCCCCUCUUGAACCUCAAGGUUGCUCAGAAAAAGACGAGUGCCGGUCCGGUUUCCAUGGCCGGCUUUCCCUUCUUUCAGCUGGAUCGGUUCCUCAAGAUGCUGGUCCAGGAUCUGAAUCGCUAUGUCGCCAUUGCUGAGGAGUUUCCCAAUAAUGCGUCCGAGAAGGUCAAGUCCGGUGGCCUGUUGCAUGAUCGGAGAGUUGCUCGUGUCAUCACGCCAGGAACCUUGAUUGAUGAGAACUUCAUGGAUCCCUACGCCAAUAACUACGUGCUGGCUAUCCAUGCGACGACAGCCCAGUCCGGGGGAGGGGUAGACGAGACAGGAGCCCCAGACUCGUCCCAUUCAGCCACUGACCGGAGCCUGACUCCGGCAACUGGUGACUCUGCCGCACCACCACCGCUACCCCUGGGCCUUGCCUGGCUAGACCUGUCCACCGGCCAGUUCUAUACGCAGACCACCGAUCUGUCGGCUCUAUCUUCGAUCUUGUCGAGGAUAUGCCCCAAAGAAGUCGUGCUUGACAGCGAGAUCCAGGCCCAGACCGACCAUGGCCUGUCACCCAUCCUCGCAGAGGACCGUCAUCUGGUCACGUACAGUCCCCUCGGCGACAUCAGGCGUCUUUCUGAUUGGACCUUUAUGCUGGAGAGCGAAAUCCCUCAGGCCACGCACGAUGCCUUCACCGAACGCGAGGUAACGGCCGGCAGUCUCCUGCUGCAUUACGUCAAGGAGAGGCUGCUAGGGCUGAGCAUGAAGCUGCAGCCGCCGACGCGACACGAGAACAUGCAAAUCAUGGGCAUCGACAAGAACAGUGUGCGCUCACUCGAGAUUAAACAGACGAUCCGGGACGGCAACUUUCGCGGCAGCCUUCUCCACGCUAUCAGACGGACGGCCACCAAGAGCGGCGCCCGGCUCCUCAAUGACUGGCUCAGCGCGCCGUCCACGUCGCUCGACACCAUCAAGCUCAGGCAAGACCUGGUCGCCCGCUUCAUCGAGGAGCCGGACCUGCGCGACGCUGUGGUCCUGCUGCUCCGCCGCAGCCACGACUCCCAGCGACUCGUGCAGAAGUUCGCUCUCGGCAGAGGAGACCCGGACGACCUGGUGGCCCUGGCGAACACGAUCCAUGCCACCAACAGUAUCCAUCAGCUGUUGGCGGAAGCAGCCGACGAGACAAAGUGCCUCGCGCACAUGACGGCCCGCCUGAACCUCAAGGGGCCCCUGAGUCUCGCGCGCCGUAUCAAGGAUGCCAUCGACGAGGAGGGCAUCGUCCACCAGCAUGAGAUCGAGGCUAGCGAGGCGGGGCAGAUGAUGGCCCUCGCCCAGGAAAUCGUCAGUAACGAAGGCACAGAAGAUGACGCAGCUGCCCUCCCCAAGGGAGCCUCCGCCGCCGCGGCCAAGAAGAAGCGCCCCACCUCGGUCCGGGAGGCCUACGCCGAUGACAACGAGACGUGGAUCAUGAAACCCGAAGCCAGCGCUGUCCUACGCCGGCUACACGCCGACCUAGCAGCCCUCCACGCUGAGAAGGAGUCCCUCACGGAGACGCUCCGAGACCGCCACGGCGCCGCCUCCCUGACCCUCCGCUGGUCCCCGGCCCUCGGCCACUUCUGCCACAUCAGGGGCAAGGACGCCGCCCGCGCCUCCACCAGCAUCAGGGCCUUGAGCUCCAGCAAGUCGACGAGCUCCUUCCACGACCCGGAGUGGACGCGGCUCGGCCACCAGCUCGAGCACGCCCGGCACAGCAUCCGCACCGAGGAGCAGCGCGUCUUCCACGCCCUCCGCGCCGCCGUCGUGCUGAACCUCGUCAAGCUGCGUCGCAACGCCGCCGUCCUCGACGAGCUCGACAUCGCCACCUCCUUUGCCAAGCUCGCCGUCGAGCAGGGCCUCACCCGGCCCAUCGUCAACAACUCCACCGGCCACACCAUCAUCGGCGGUCGGCAUCCCACCGUCGAGGGCGGACUCCACGAGCAAGGGCGCACCUUUGUCCGCAAUGAUUGUCUAGUAGGAGGCGGCUCCGGCUCCGGCCCCCAAGGGGCGAAGCUCUGGCUCAUCACGGGGCCCAACAUGGCAGGCAAAAGCACAUUUCUCCGCCAAAACGCCCUCAUCACAAUCCUCGCGCAGGUGGGCUGCUACGUGCCGGCCGAUUACGCCGAGAUAGGCGUCGUCGACGCUCUUUUCAGCCGGGUCGGUUCCGCGGACAACCUCUACCGGGACCAGAGCACCUUCAUGGUGGAGAUGAUGGAGACGGCGCACAUUUUGCGUAACGCGACGCCGCGGUCCUUUGUCAUCAUGGACGAGAUUGGUCGCGGCACGACGCCCGAGGACGGCACGGCGGUCGCGUACGCCUGUCUGCAUCAUCUGGUGACCGUCAACCAGUGUCGGACGCUGUUCGCCACGCACUUUCACCGCGUUGCCGACUUGGCGGUGCGGGAUGGGUUGGGCGGCGGCGAGGGUGAUGGUGAGCGGGCACGGGUGGAGAUGUAUUGUACGGAUGUGGACGAGGAUGAGGACGGCGGGUUCGUCUACGUUCAUAAGCUGGUCAAGGGCAUCAACAGGCAGAGUCACGCACUGAAGGUUGCAAGAUUGGCCAAUCUGCCUCAAGCGGCUGUAGGCAUCGCGAAAAAGGUUCUUGGUAUUUGAAAAGCUAAGGCUGAGUAAGAGAUGGUGGUCAUCACGUUUGGCGGCAUGGGAAAAGGCGGGAUAAGGUCACUGUACGAUAUGGGCGGUGUAUAGUAAAACCUGUACACUUUUGUAUGUUAGCCAUGAUACCCAAGUGGAAGCGAGGCUGAAAAGUAAAGAUAAUGAUUGAAGUUGCUCUCUCA